AUGCCACUGACGUAUUGGGGAGAGGCACUUACUUGUGCAGCAUAUCUUAUCAAUCGAGUGCCAUCCAGUACCAUUGUGUUUCAAACACCCCAUCAAGCUCUUGCUGAAGCAGUUGUGGCUCCAACUAUUCCUAAUCUGCCGCCUCAUGUGUUUGGUUGUGUAGCUUAUGUUCAUAUGCACAAGAACCAACGUGAUAAGUUGGCUCCUAGAGCUCUGAAGUGUAUAUUUGUAGGAUAUGCAACAACUAAAAAGGGAUACCGUUGCUAUCAUCCUCCAACCAAAAGAACGUUUGUUACUUUGGAUGUUGUAUUUCAUGAAGAUAUUAUGUAUUUUUCAUGUGAGUCUGAACUUCAGAGGGAGUACCAUAAGGAAAUUCAGACUCUUAACUAUGAUGAAGAUAUAUCGGAAAUUGAUGUAUCUGUUAUUGUCAACUCUGAUGAUAUGGUAAGAGAAUCUGUUGAAGAAAGUUCUUCACGAGACGAAACAGAAAGUACAAUAUUAGAUCGUGAUAUAGAGAUUCAAGAUGAGGUUAUGAUAGAAGAGAUUCCAGAGUCUACGUUACCUCAAGAACAUGAAACACCAAACCAAUUGUCUGCUACGGAUGUUCUUGAAGAAUCUAGGAGACAACUUCCACAACAUGUAAACAGAGGUAUUCCUAAACCCAGAUAUGAACCUGAAAUUUAUAGUAAGGUUAAGUACCCUAUGAUUCAUUAUGUCUCUCACCAUCGUUUGUUUAAAGCUAAUAAGGAAUUCGUGAAUCAACUAUCUACUGUUUUUUUUCCUAACAAUGUGCAGGAAGCAUUAGCUGAUCCAAAAUGGAGAGCAGCUAUAGAAGAAGAAAUGAGGUCCCUUUUUCAGAAUGAUACAUGGGAUUAUGUUGAUUGUCUAGAAGGAAGAAAGAUUGUGGGGUGUUAUUGGAUUUUCACCAUUAAAUACAAGGAAAAUGAAACUUUUGCUCCAGUAGCGAAAAUCAACACAAUACGAGUAUUGUUAUCGCUUGUUGCAAACUUGGAUUGGCCUUUGCAACAGUUUGAUGUAAAGAAUGCCUUCUUGCAUGGUGAAUUAACUGAAGAAGUUUACAUGGAGCUCCCACCUGGUAUUUUAGUUCCAGGAUCUCACGGUAAGAAGGAGAAAUGGAUGGCAGACGUUCUACAACAGGCUAGUUUACCUUUGUGGGAGGAUUUGGGGGUUCCUCUUAAGGAUCCUAUUACUCUGUAUUGUGAUAACAAAGUUGCGCGUGAUAUUGCUCAUAAUCCUGUUCAGCAUGAUCGUACUAAACAUGUGGAGGUCCAAUUUUAUCAAAAGCGUCCUGGGAAUGCACAUGAAUUGUUCGGAUUAUUCCUUCUUGCAGAUGGAGUUUGGACAUUUAAGGGAAGGUUGUAUGCCCAGUUUGCGAUCCAAAGAGAGUACAUUUGCAUACGUUUUAGUGUGCUCGAUGUCAUCUUUGCUGCACCCAACUGUUCAAUUCCUUAUCAGUUAGGAAACUGCUUGGAGCUUACUGGGUUAGGACUUGAAGACAAUUUGUUGUCAGGUGGUAUACCUGUGGAGUUGGGAAAACUAAAGAAUCUUCAAAUUCUGGCAGUCGGAAUUAACCGUCUGCAAGGAAGCAUACCGGAUAGCAUUUGCAGCUGCACAGCAUUGACUGGGCUUGGCUUAUACGAAAACAAACUCACUGGUAUGAUCCCUUCCUGCAUCGGUAAUUUGGUUAAUCUUCAACUUCUUUCGGUUUACAAUAAUACUCUGGUGGGUUCAAUACCUGUUUCUAUUGGGAAGUUGGGAGCUUUGCAAGCUUUAGAAGUUAGUGUAAACCAGUUGUCCGGAGUAAUACCUUCAGAGAUUGGUAAUUUGUCAGAGUUACAACAGUUUAACAUUUUCCAAAAUCAAAUUCAGGGAAGGAUUCCACCUGAAUUAGGCAAUUGUCAGAAACUUGUGGGUUUGAAAAUGUAUAAUAAUCGUUUAACCGGAAGUAUUCCUCCUACUUUAUCCAAUCUUAAAUCAUUACUAAACUUGACUCUAUCACAAAAUCAGUUCACUGGAGAAAUACCUUUUCAACUCGGGUACCUCAGAUCAUUGCAGUCUCUGAGGUUGCAAUCGAAUAACUUAACCGGUAUCGUUCCUUCUUCUCUGACAAACUUGAAAAACUUAACAUAUCUAUCUUUGAGCCAGAAUGCUUUGAGUGGGAAAAUGCCGUCGGACAUUGGCUCACUCUAUAAACUGAAAGCACUGAUUCUUAGCAACAAUUUUCUGAGUGGUUCUAUACCAACUAGCAUCUCUAAUUGUUCAUUUCUUCUUCAAUUAAGCUUAGGAAUGAAUAGAUUAACUGGGCCAAUUCCUUUUGGUUUGGGAAAUAUGCGGAACCUUUCGUACUUAUCUGUCAGUAAUAAUGAAAUGUCCGGUGAAAUUCCUGAAGACAUGUUUAACUGCACAAAUCUUGUGACAUUGGAUCUGGCAGUAAAUGGCUUCACUGGUCCAUUGGCAUCGAACAUUGGCAAAUUCUCUAAACUUAAUAUUCUGCGAAUCCAUACUAAUUCUUUUUCUGGACCAAUUCCUCCAGAAAUUCCGAAGUUAACCCAAUUGUUUUCUCUGGAACUGGGUAGGAAUAAAUUUUCAGGUGCGAUACCUUCUGGUUUAUCAAAGCUUUCAUUCCUUCAAGGGCUGUCCUUACCUGAUAAUGCUCUAGAAGGCGAAAUUCCCACCGAAAUAUUCGAACUUAAAAAUCUUGCUGAAUUAAAGUUGCAGAAAAAUAGAUUCAGUGGUCCUAUUCCAGACUUUUUUUCAAAACUUGAGAAGCUUACAUACUUGGAUUUGCAUGGCAACAACUUUCAAGGAUCCAUACCAAGAAGCUUGCGCUUUCUUAACAGGCUUUCGGUGCUGGAUCUUUCUCGCAAUAAUCUCACAGGAGCUAUUCCCGGAACUAUGAUUACAGGUAUAAAAGAGUUGCAGAUAUUGCUAAACUUAUCAAGCAAUUUCUUGUCGGGGGUGAUCCCCGAAGAGCUUGGUGAGUUGGAAAUGGUGCAAGCCAUUGAUUUGUCUAGUAAUAAUCUGUCAGGAAGCAUUCCUGUAACAUUUGGAGGCUGCAAGAGCGUGUUACUACUUGACAUUUCUGGAAACACACUUACAGGUCAAAUUCCUGACAAGAUUUUUCCUCAAAUGUACUCUUUACUGAGCUUGAAUCUCUCAAGCAACAGAUUAAACGGUAUGCUCGAGGAAAAGCUUGCAAAUAUGAAACACAUCAGCACCCUUGAUCUAUCUGUAAACAAUUUUACCGGCAAGAUCCCCGAGAGUUUCACCAAACUUUCCACCCUUAAACAUCUCAACCUUUCAUUUAAUCAGUUUGAAGGACCUGUUCCAACAGAGGGAAUAUUUAGUACCAUUGUUUUAUCUAGCUUGGAAGGUAACCCGUCGCUCUGCGGAAUCAAAUUUCUCAGUUCAUGCAGCAGAGAAAGCCACUCAAAUUCUCGUAGCCGGUUCUCCAGAAAGUCAAUAUUGAUUCUUAUAAUUCUUGGAUCCGUAAGUGUAAUUCUUCUCAUCGUUUUUAUUGCCAUAAUUGUCCAUCGACAUGCUAACAAAAGAAAUCCGAAAGGUGAUAUGGAUUCAGAAAGGCAAUACUCAUUAACUCCUUCACUCAAGAGAUUUGAAAGAAAAGAAAUUGAAUCAGCAACAGACUUCUUUGAUGAAGGUAAUGUACUUGGCGUAAGCAGUUUGAGUACUGUUUACAAGGGUAGAUUGGAAAAUGAAAUACUUGUAGCAGUAAAGAAGCUGAUUUUAGAUCAGUUCCCAGAGGAAUCAAACAAAUGUUUUGAUAGAGAAUUGAAGACUUUGAGCUAUUUGCGGCACAAAAAUCUGGUAAAGAUAAUUGGUUAUGCUUGGGAGAGUGGGAAGCUGAAGGCUUUGGUUCUGCAAUACAUGGAGAACGGGAACUUGGAGAGUGUUAUACAUGAUAAUAGCACAGACAAGUCAAGGUGGACACUCGAGGAGCGGAUGAAAGUGUGUAUUUCAGUUGCCAAUGCAAUGGUUUAUUUGCAUUCCGGUUACGGCGACCCAAUUGUGCACUGUGAUCUUAAACCGUCGAAUAUUCUUUUUGAUGAACAUUGGGAGGCUCAUGUUAGUGACUUUGGAACAUCUAGAAUUUUGGGUGUUCAUCUGGAUACUGAAAGUGGCAUUUCCUUGUCAUCUGCAUUUCAAGGCACAAUUGGCUACUUGGCGCCAGAGUUCGCGUAUAUGAGGAAGGUUACAACUAAGGCAGAUGUUUUCAGCUACGGGGUAUUACUGAUGGAGUUUUUAACUGCGAAAAGACCAACAGGACCCAUUGAAGAGAACGGGUUUCCGGUUACUCUACACCAGUUAGUGGAGAGAGCUCUGACAAACGGAGGCGAUGGAAUUCUUGAAUUAGCGGAUCAAAAUAUGAACUUAAAUAUGUCAUCCAAAGGAGAGGAAGAGAAACUAAUAGCGCUUCUUGAACUGGCUCUCUCGUGUACCUCUCUUGCCCAUGAAGAUCGCCCCGACAUGAAUGAGGUUUUGUCAACACUGAUAAAGAUAAGUGAAGGUAACAUAUAACCCAAGACAUGAUGAUAAUGUGCAACUAAUUUGCACCCAUUCGCAUAUUGCUUAACUUAGCUCGAUGGUCUCCACUUUUUAUUAUUGUAUUUUCUUUCAGAUUUUGUAACCAAAAAGGUCUCGAAAUUCCAAAUGGCUUUCCUAAGAGAUGUUUCAACAGUAUAACAAGCAUUUUGGGUUUUCAUACAAAAAACUUUAGCAGAAUAAAAAUAAAACAAAAACAAAAAA